AUACAUUAGCCAUAUUACAAGCAGAACCAACUAAUGAGCUUGUUCAAAUUAGUAAUUUGACCUCUCAGAUCUCUCAAUUAAAACCUAUUAUAAUAAAAUAUAAUACUUUUACUCAUGAACAAAAAACUUUAAUCUUUGAACAUAUUAGCAUUACACAAAAAUUUGAACCUGAUCAAAAUGUUAUUGUUCCAGAAAUGUAUGUUUUUGGCCCGUUAGAACUAAAUCCUAAUUCA